AUGUCUACCGACGGAUCCACCUUGGUGAGCAAACCUCACGAGAAAGAAAUCAUCUCAAACCUAGAAGGUGCUGAACUUGAAACUAAGCCGACCGGCUUUUCCUCCACCUUCCAAGAGGCUGUCUUCAUCUUGAUCAUUGGCCUGUCGCAACUAUUCUCUGUCGGCGGUUUAGGCAAUGCUGCCUACUCAAUGGAACAGAUCGGUGCAUCUCUUGGCACAAGCAGUAAUGGGCAGAGAUCAUGGUUUCUAGCUUCCUACUCCCUCUGCGGUGGUGUCUUUGUCCUAGUUACCGGCCGCUUGGGUGAUCACUUUGGCCACAAAUACGUCUUCCUCUUUGGUUGGAUCUGGAUGGCCAUUUGGUCACUAGUCUGCGGCUUCGCCCACGAUGUCAUUUUAUUCGACAUCGCUCGCGGUAUGAUGGGAAUCGGCAAUGGCGCACUAGCCCCUAACUCAUUCGCGCUAUUAGCGCGUGCAUUCCCACCUUUUUCGGUCAAGAAGAACAUCGCGUUUGCUUUCUUGGGCUUCUGCGCUCCCUCAGGCUACAUCUUCGGUGGCUUGAUCGGAGCUGGCUUUGCCGAAAACGUCACCUGGCGGUGGGCAUUCUGGUUCUGGGCUAUCGGCUGCUUCGUUUUGGGUGUGGCGACUUUCGUCGUUGUUCCUCACCGAAUCGGCUCCCCAAUUCCGGGAUUGAGUCUCCGCCAAUUCGACUACAUCGGUAGCUUGCUAGGCGUGUCAGCCCUGAUCUUGUUCUCUUUUGCCUGGAACCAAGCUUCAGUCGUCGGUUGGCAAGAGCCCUAUAUUUACGCCCUGCUUAUUGUCAGCGUCUUCCUGAUUAUCGGAUUCGUCUUCUCCCAGUCCCGUGUCGCUGCCCCGGUCCUGCCUAAUUCCCUCUGGGGCCGCUCUGGCUUUGCACCCGUGGUCAUUGCCAUGGCAUUUGGCUGGAUGUCCUUUGGAAUCUUUCUUUACUAUACCACGGUCUACAUUCUAACCAUUCAUAAAGCCCAGCCGCUUACCGCAGUGGCUCAAAUGGUUCCCCUCGUUAUUGGUGGCUUUUUUGCUACUAUGGCUGUGGGACUUUUUAUCGCUAAGACACCUGCUCAGUACAUAUUCGGUGUAUCCAUGUUCUCCUUCUUCCUCGGCAACUUGAUCAUGAGCUUCGUCAACUAUUCGAAUGUCUACUGGGCCUUUAUCUUUCCCGCUUGUCUGCUUGUCGUUGGUGGACCUGACUUGUCUUUUGCCUCAUCUGGAAUUCUCAUUACCAAUGUCGUCCUGCCCGAAGAGCAAGGUGUUGCAGGUUCCUUUAUCUCGACGGUUGUACAGUACUCCAUCUCCAUCGGUCUGGGUAUCGCCGCCACUGUUGAGUCUCAUGUCAAUGAGGGUGGACAGAACCCAAUUCGUGGAUACCGGAGUGCAUUUUGGUUGGGGAUUGGAUUCGCAGCUGUGGGAUUCUUCGUUGUGAUUUUCUUCGUUCGCGACCACAGAUUUGAGUCCAAGUCAGAGGGUCAGCCUAGCCCUGAGAUCAUUUCCGAGCCAGCGGAACUAUGA